UCAAUGGCAGCGUCCAAGAUGGCGACGGGUGAAAAAAAGAAGAAAUACAGUAAAGAAACACAAAACGAGGAAGAACGCCUGGAACAACAACAUUUCUUUCGAGUCAUCAGCGCAUUUAGGCACUACAGAACACACUCCCUACAGCGCCUGGACAAGGCAGAGAGAUGUUUCCGGCAGCUGCCUCCGUACCAGCAGAAGCUGCUGCCCAAUCACACGGCUCACCUGGGCAAGCUCAGGACCUGCAUCGACCAAAACUACGACUUCCUGCUCAACAUCAUCAAGAUGACGGAGAACAUGUUUGAGAAUAAGGACUACACCGGAAAUGGUGAUGUCUAUUCAGACAACACAGACGGCGUGAUGCCAGAAACCGCCCUCCCUCUUCCCCGGGAAUUUGACAUGGACAAGGUGAAGACAACGCUGAAACAGUUCGUUCGGGACUGGAGCGCAGAAGGGAAGGAUGAACGGGACGCCUGCUAUAAACCAAUCAUAGACGAGAUACAACAGAGGUUCCCCAUCGAUCAGUGUGAUCCAUUUGAGGUGUCCAUCUUGGUGCCUGGAGCAGGGCUAGGGAGGUUAGCCUGGGAACUGGCCAGGUUAGGCUACCAGUGUCAGGGCAAUGAGUGGAGUUUCUUCAUGCUGUUUGCCUCCAACUACAUCCUCAACAAGUGUGAAGGCACCAACUCUAUCACCCUCCACCCGUGGAUUCACCAGUUCUGUAACAACCGGUCAUCGCGUGACCAGGUCCGACCGGUCGCUAUCCCCGAUAUCGACCCCCACAGUCUACCCCAGGGUGGGAACUUCUCAAUGACUGCUGGGGAUUUCCUGGAGGUCUACAGGGAACAGGAAGUGUGGGACUGUGUGGCAACGUGUUAUUUCAUAGACACCGCCCACAACAUCGUGUCUUAUGUUGAAACAAUACACAACAUUCUCAAGCCUGGUGGAUACUGGAUAAACCUAGGCCCGUUGUUGUACCACUUUGCUGAUAUGGCAAAUGAAGCAUCUAUAGAGUUAAGUUAUGAAGACCUGAGGAGUGUAAUUCUGGAGUUCGGCUUUGAAAUACUGAAAGAAGACACCAAAAGGCCGACCAUGUACAUACAGAACACUAGAUCCAUGCUGCAGUACGAAUACGACUGCGUUUAUUUUGUUGCCAGAAAACCUCUCCUAGUCGUUGCCAACAAUCACACAAAUAAUUCUCAAGCUGUAUAACAGACGCUUCACUUGUAGAUAAAAUGAUACCGUCUAAUUUUUCUGCACGUCAACUGUCCACAAGUGCAUUAGUUAUAACUUACAACUUACACCCCUACAUGUACAUGUAUAGUGCUGCAUACUGGUUUACUGGACUUGGAUCCGUACUUGUAAGAAUGU